AUGUCUUCGUCACUUUAUAGCAUUUUGAUCAUUCUAAUGCUUUUCUCAGCUUGUGCUGCUACCAAGAAGAACUUAGAUGGUUACUAUAUUCCGAAGCUGAGCGUAUUCCACCCAACGUUUAUUCAAGAUCCUACAUGGGCGGUUCAAACUUCCAUCUCGUCAAAAGACUUCCAGACUUUCUUUUACAACCAAACCCUCGAUCAUUUUAAUUACAGGCCGGAAAGUUACACUACUUUCAAACAAAGAUAUAUUAUCAAUUCCAAAUACUGGGGUGGCGCAAAUGCAAGUGCCCCGAUCUUCGCUUUUCUCGGUGAUGAACUACCCAUUGACAGCGCCACGACCAAUGUUGGGUUCAUGACGGAUAACGCGGCUGAGUUUAAAGCGCUUUUGGUAUAUAUAGAGCAUCGUUUUUAUGGUGAAUCAAUUCCAUAUGGUUGGACACUCGAUAAAGCACUAAAAGACGCUAAUACUCGCGGAUAUUUCAGCUCGGCGCAAGCACUUGCCGAUUACGCGGAAAUCCUUUUAUAUUUGAAACAGAAAUUGAAUGCCAAACAUUCUCCGAUAAUUGUCAGUGGAGGAUCAUACGGGGGAAUGUUAGCUGCAUGGCUUCGAUUGAAGUACCCUCAUGUGGCGCUCGGAGCAUUGGCAUCAUCUGCUCCAAUUCUCGCCUUUCCCGACAUCAUGCCUCAGGAUACAUUCUAUUCAGGAGUUGCAAAAGAUUUUCAGGAAGCUAGUUUUUCUUGCCACCAAACCAUUAGAAGAUCCUGGGAGGAAAUUGAUAGAGUCGCUUCUGAGCCUCAUGGUCUCGCAAAAUUGAGCAAAACUUUCAAAACUUGCAGACCACUGGAAAGUUCUUCACAGCUCAAGGAGUACUUAAAAUCAGUCUAUGCAGUGUCUGCCCAGUACAAUGAUCCAUUCAGACGUCCAGUGGAAGUGAUAUGCAAUGCCAUUAAUGGAGCUUCUCCCAGAAAUGACACUCUCAGGAAGAUUUUCGCAGGCCUAGCGGCUUCCGACCGAAAUUCGACCUGUUACAUCAACCCACCUCCUACACCUCCAUAUCAAAUUGACUUGGGUUGGCAUUGGCAGACAUGUACCGAGAUUGCAGCCCUUUGGAGCAUCACCAACAAUACUAUGUUUCAACCAGCUCCCUCUGGCCUAGAUAAAUUUGUGACUCGCUGCAAGAGAGACUUCAUCAUCGCACCUCGGCAACACUGGGUCUCUACUUAUUACGGUGGUCAAGACAUAGAACUUGUUUUGCACAGGUUCGCUAGUAAUAUUAUUUUCUCCAAUGGGCUUCAAGAUCCUUUUAGCUAUGGAGGGAUUUUGAAGAGUAUUUCAAAUUCUGUCGUUGCGGUCUACACAGCUAAAGGUUCUCAUUGUUUGGACAUAAUGCCAGCUACAAAAAAAGAUCCUAAAUGGUUGGUCAAUCAGCGGAAAACCGAGGUUGAGAUUAUAAGAAAAUGGAUAGCCACAUAUCAUGCGGAUCUUCGUGCUUUUGGAAAUUACUAG